AUGGAACGAAUUUUAUUGGAGCACGCUAGCUGUUUAUGUGAGAAGGUUGAUGGUUGUCUAGCAUCAGAAGGAAUAAAUUGGAAGUUUAAUCCACCCGCACCGCCACAUUUUGACGGAAUAUGGGAGAGCGCAGUAAAAACCGCCAAAUUCCACCUCACAAGGGUAGUAAGGGGCAUCUCUUUGACCCUGAGUGAAUUGCAAACACUAUUAUGCCAAAUAGAAGCAUGCAUGAAUUGUCGGCCCCUUACCCCCAUGAGUAGCGAUCCCAAUGAUUUGGAACUAAUCACUCCUGCUCAUUUCUUAAUAGGAGGCCCGUUAAUAUUCCAUCCAGAACUAGUGAUCGAAAAAAAGGAGAUAACAGCGUUAAGACGAUGGAAGCUAGUUCAAGGGCUGCUUCAGAGCUUCUGGAACAGGUGGUACGCGGAAUAUAUCCCACAGCUCCAAAUACGGCAAAAAUGGACGUCAGGAUCGAGGCCACUAGCCGUAAAUGAUGUAGUAAUCAUCAAAGAAGAUAACUUAGCACCUACAAGAUGGAAGCUAGCACGUGUUGUGAAGGUGCAUCCUGGUAAGGAUUGGACCCUCGUUCGGGUGGUUACAGUAAAAUUAGCUAAUGGUUCAGAUCUAACCAGACCGGUAGUGAAACUAUGCCGCUUGCCCAUUGAUCAAACUGACGAGGUUGAAAAAUGA